AUGGACCUCAUUAUCAAGCUUUUCCUUCAACUGAUAAUGCUGAAUUUUAUUGAGUACCUUAAUACUCAAUUUGCUAGUUUAUUUGCAACAUUCGAUGUUACUGAGGACUAUCAUAUAGUGUAAAACUUUGAAUACCAACCAUUCUAUCUUGAACCUUUUAAUUAUCACAUCAGAUGCUCACGUCUAGAGGCUGAUAAUGGGUUUAAUUUUUACAUUAGAGUAGACAUGCUCGAUGACGAUAAUUACUAUCCAUAGAACACAGAUAGAGACUAAGAUUAUGACUAUAAGUAAAAUUUUUACUACUGGGUGUUGGAUGGUGUAUUAGGACUACUACUAGAUGAACUGUACUUCAAUAUUAAUGGAAGCUAUUAUAAUUUGAUUAAACUUUUCUGA